CAGCGUUUAUAGAAAUAGAAAGAAAGCUAGAAAGGACUAGUGUUUCUCGAUUUAGGGUUUGAAGCAGAACAAGAAGAAGCAGCAGUAGUAGCAAGCAGAAGAAGCAGGCGAUGCCGAAGAACAAGGGAAAGGGAGGUAAAAACAGGAAGAGAGGAAAGAACGAAGCCGAUGAUGAGAAGCGUGAGCUAGUCUUCAAAGAAGAUGGACAAGAAUACGCUCAGGUUCUUCGUAUGCUCGGCAACGGCCGGUGUGAAGCUAUGUGUAUUGACGGCACCAAACGUCUCUGCCAUAUUCGAGGUAAGAUGCACAAGAAAGUCUGGAUCGCUGCUGGCGAUAUAAUACUCGUUGGUCUUCGUGAUUAUCAGGACGAUAAAGCUGAUGUGAUCCUCAAGUAUAUGCCCGAUGAGGCAAGGUUGUUGAAGGCCUACGGAGAGCUACCAGAGAAUACUCGUCUCAACGAGGGUAUCGCUGGUGGAAUCGACGAGGAGGAUGACGGUGCUGGUGAUGGAUAUAUUGAUUUUGAGGACGAGGACAUCGAUAAAAUCUAGGGUUUGGGAUUAUCUUCUUCGUUCUUUCUUCCUUUUUUUUUUUCCUCCGUUAAAUAUGUUAACUAUAAAUUGUUAUAAGGAUGAAUCUUACGGGGUUCGUGUUCUGUUGUUAAAUUUGAGGGUUUUUACCACCCGCCUCCCACUCUACCUGGUGCGAAUUUAUUUAUGGUGGCACAUAUUGAAAUAGGGUUUCCGAGAUGAAUAGGAUGGAAUGGAAUACCAUUAGAUCUAUCAAUUUCCUUA